AUGGGGAAGGCUCAACCGUUCGUACAUCUACGGCCUGCAAACCUGGUUCUCAGGGCGUCCGAAAAGGCCAACAAUCUCAACCCAGGUUCUUUUAUCCAUGCAAAAAGUCACCCAUCUAUAGCACCAGCAUCGCGUUCACCAAUGCUGAGAGUGAAUCUAAACAAAUUUCCAGGAUUUAUAGGACAUUGCUCGAGCAGAAUCAAUAGACCAACAAAUGAGGACUUCUAUUCCAUCAACAUGUUGAAACUCCCGGCCUCAGGACCUGAAAUGAAUUGCAUAAGACAGAAGCAUUUACCUAACAAAAGAGACUUUUGGAGUACUCAGUUACCACUCAAGAGGUCAAUUUUGAACUUAUCGGUAUUUGACGGUCAUGGAAGCGAUCGGGUCGCAAAACUACUGGCACAAGAACUCCACAACGAAAUCGUCGGCACACUUCCUUCGCGAGAUGCCUUUUUCGAUCUGCUGAAGGACUAUAAGAACAGAAUAGGCGGGAAAUACUGGAGUAAUAUCUACAAGAAACGCGAAGAGUAUUUCCACCGAUUUAUCGCUAAUUGUAAUACGAAACAAGAGCAGAUCCUGUUCAAAGAGGGAAAAUCUGGAUCACGGAUGAUAUUUGAUUCAUGGGGUAACAUUAUAGACAAGACGAGCCUGCUGACGGAAAACGAAAGACUGAGACUAUUUACUUCGUUUCUCAAUUUCGACCUGAAAUACUGCUGCGAUCCGAAGAUCGCUCAAGGGCUUGGAAACGAACAACAGAAACCUAUUGGCGGGUCCACGGCAUCGAGCGUUUUCAUCACGUCGUAUGACGAGGAGGAUUCCUUUGACGAGUCUUUUUUUGUCACUCCCAAGGGCCUUUUAAAGCUAGUGGUAACCCAGGUAGGUGAUACAAAAAUUGUGCUGUGUGACAAGAAUGGGAUUGCGCAUAGUCUCACUCGAAUACAUCAUCCAUCCUCUUCGCAGGAAUCGAAACGGUUGCAAACGAGUUUUCAAACAGACUCAUUUGGUAACACUAGGUUUUUAGACAACUUCGCAAACACAAGAUCUUUUGGCGAUUCCAUUGGGAAACAAGACGGCUUAUCGUGCGAGCCCGAUAUCUAUUCCUAUCUCAUCGGAAGCACAAGAUCGCUGCAGCAUUCAGAGAUCAGCAAACUCCAGUUUGGAGGAGACGAAUGCUUCGUUUGUCUCAUUACCGAUGGUGUGUCGGACCUCAUAAGCGAUCAAGAGCUUGUCGACCUGAUCACCAGUACGGUAAAUUUGCGAGGCCUCAAGACCGCUUCCCCACAGUUUGUUAGUGAGGAAGUUGUGCGUUUCAUUGCUGCUAUCGGGGGCCGGCAUGCUGACAAUGCUACGUGCUUGGUGCUGAGACUGCCAAACUGGGGCAACUGGCCUUCAAUUGAUCGCACUGGUGCGAUCCGUGAAGAAAAACUAAUGACCGGGUCUUCUGGGAGUGGUAGAUCCAACGUAUAG